AUGAUUGGAAGUUCAUGCGUUAAUUAUCAUUGUCGUUGUUUUCACUUAAAAACCAACGUAACAGUAGCAUGCAAACGUCAAAAAAGUAUUGACGAGAACAUUGUUAGGCUUGGUGAUUGUAAGAAAAAUUCAUGCGUUGUUCCGAACACCCAUUGCAGACUGGGAGUUAACAAAUGUGUUUGUGAUGAAAAUUUCGUGGUGUCAGAAGAUGGAAAAGAAUGUUUACUACAAGCAUUUUAUGGCGAUCCAUGUAAACAGACAUCUCAAUGUUUUUAUGAGCUUGGACAUGGCGCAGUUUGUGAUAGCGGUGUGUGUGUCUGUGACUCAAUUCAUCAAAAUGUCACCGAUAAUAAUCGCAUAAGAUGCAGCCGUAGGUUAAAUUAUGGUGAUGAAUGUAAAGAACAUCAUGAAUGCUCGACUUUUCUUGGCAAAGCAACGAUGAAUUGCAUUAAGAACGAGUGCACGUGUCGAGAUGGUUAUGAAUUGUUCGAUGCAGACCAAAAUAAAUGCGUCAAGAUGCCAACUUCCACUGGACGUUUAAAAAAACAUGUCAUAAAAUUUAACAUGUUCAAAAUUUAA